AUGGCAGCUUUAACAGACUCCAUUAGGGACGCUGAAAAUAUUAUAGAAUACUUGGCGCAAAUUAAGGAAGGAAACAUGUAUCCAAAAUUAGUGCCGUUCGACAACAUUGUCGCGCAUUUAACGGAAGCCGCAGCGCAGUUAGAACAGGGAUAUUACUUCCCGUUUAGGACACAUACAGCAAGGCGAUCUCUCGCUAAUUUCAAAAAACUCGGUCGUUCAAACUGGACGCCCGCAAAAAUUCGCUCAAGAUUAGCGAGUUUGCAAGAAACGUGGAAUCAGUGCGUGCGCAAUCACGCGAUUCUUAUUCAACUCGUUCCCGAAGAAGACCGAGAUGAAUUAGACUACUUCAAAGAUGAUCAAUUUGCCGCUCAUGAAGAUAUUUAUCAGACAGCCAAGGACUUCAUGAACGAGUGCCUCGAGGAAGUAGCUCCGGUCGUAAGUCACGAUUCGUCAACCGACACUACAUUUUCUCGAAGCGAACCCGCGUCUUUUUCGUUAAAGCAUCUUCCACCAAUUAAACUACCUCCGUUUUCCGGAAAAUCCGACGAGUGGGAAACGUUUCUAGAUCGAUUUCAAGCGCUAAUUAUCGAUAAUCGAGACCUUUCAGAAUUUAGUAAAAUGCAUUUUUUAGUAUCGAGUCUCACCGGCAGUGCUCGCGACGCGAUAGCCGGCAUUAAAGUUAUUGCAGAUAACUUUCAAGUAGCAUGGAAAGCAUUAACAGUCAGAUUUGAGAAUAAACGCAGACUAAUUGAGACUCAUUUAUCUACUUUAUAUCAUCUUCCUAAAAUGACGCGCGAGUCAGCUGUCGAGCUCCACGCAUUGCGCGACAAAACCGAGCAAGUAAUUUCUACGUUAAACCGUCUCGAUCGGUCUUCGGACGAUAUAGUUAGUGAUUUGCUAGUUUACUUUAUAUCACAAAAGUUCGAUUCUGCGACGCGUAGAGCGUGGAAGCUCAAAACGAGCGAUAGCGAUGAUCCCCCAACUUAUAAAGAAUUAACACGUUUUCUAUCAUCGCGCGCUCUCGCUCUUGAAGAGCUUCAUUCUUAUGAAAGCGAUAAAUCGAAGUUACAUUCGAAAGUGACGAGCGCAACAGCCACUGCGUCAUUUGAAUUGUCAUGUUCGAUGUGCAAGCAACAGCAUAUUUUCUCUAAAUGUCCACAGUUUGUUUCAAAGAGUCCUCAUCAGCGACGCGAGUUAGUGAAAAAAUUCCGACGUUGCUUCAAUUGUCUGAGCAAAAAUCACUCGGUAAAUGAUUGUCAAAGCAAAUUUACGUGUCGUUUUUGUAGUAAAAAACAUCAUACGAUGAUUCAUAUGGAAUCGGACUCCUUGCGACAAACCAAUUCUAACGUAUCAAAUGCGCAUAACGAGAACGAAAAUGCGGCGAGCGUGGCAGCGCUUACAUCCAUUACAUUGACUACCGCUCCGACUCCGGUAGUCUUAUCAACUGCCAAGGUAAACUUGCGUGCGCCUUCAGGCCGUUCGUUGACCGUCAGAGCCCUGCUUGACGGUGGAUCGGAGCUUACUUUUAUUUCAGAGCGAGUUGCACAAAAUUUACGUCUAACGCGUAUACGAACGUUUACGUCCACAACGGGAAUCAGCUGCGUAAACACCGGAAUUUGUCGCUCCGCAGCAUUAAUUUACAUUACGCCUCGUGAUAAACCCGAACCAAUUUUUACUACCGUCGCCUACAUUAUGAAAUCAUUGACAAGAUAUGCUCCCAGAAGCGUUUCGAAUUUGCAUGAGUGGAAACACAUUUCGAAUCUCAAAUUAGCCGAUGAUGAUCCUACCGGAUCAACGCAGAUAGACCUCAUAAUCGGAGCUGACUUAUACAAUCAAGUACUCAUUAAUGUGCAGAAUGGACCAGUCGGGCAACCAGGCGCCAUACAAUCACAUUUUGGGUGGAUCUUGUCAGGAACCACAUCUGUUCCAAGUCAUAUCGAACAGAACACUUGCGUAGUUGGUUCAACCUUUAUUUCAUCGCUCGCGUCAAACAAAAAUCAAGGUUCACGAGUUUCUAGGUCAAAUCAAAGAUAUCAAGUGGUCGCUCAUCAUUGUUCGUUAGAAUAUCAAUUACGUAAAUUUGGGAGAGCGAAGAAGCGCCUCAAUUUAGACAACUCCCUCCCGAGGAUAAGAGCUGUGAAGAGCACUUCCAGCGAACUCACUCGAGAACAGCAGAUGGAAAAUAUAUUGUGCGUCUUCUUUUUCGCGAAAACCUUCCAAUUAAAAAUAGGCGAAUCCCGAGAAAUAGCGGCGCGUCGACUUUCUUCACUGAUUCACAAACUUAAAAGUCAACCCUCUAUUACUUCAGAGUAUUGCGAAUUCAUGCGCGACUACGAAGAUCUAGGGCAUAUGCAACCCGUUUCUCCCGUAGAAACUCAUCACUCACAAGUCGUGUACAUCCCGCAUCAUCCAGUUAUCCGAGAGGCAAGCUCCACUACUCGUUUAAGGGUUGUCUUCGACGCGUCUUGCAAGACGACCAACGGAACUUCUCUCAACGACCACAUGCUUAAAGGCCCUAAGUUGCAAACGGAUUUACAGGCCGUUAUAUUGCGUUGGCGACAAUAUAAAUUCGUCUAUUCCGCGGAUCUAGCCAAAAUGUACAGGCAAAUUCUCGUCGAUCCGAGAGACCGAGACUAUCAGCGCAUAUUGUGGAUCGACAGUAACUCAAACAUUCAAGAAUAUCAAUUACUUACAGUCACUUACGGUACCGCUUCAGCUCCAUUCCUUGCGCUCCGAGUAAUUAAUCAAUUGAAUGAAGACGAAGGUCCUUCUUUUCCGUUGGCUUCCGCCAUUUUGCGCGAUAACAUCUACGUUGACGACGUACUAUUCGGAGCAAAUGACAUUUGCAGCUAA